AUGUGACAGCUGAGGCAGUAGGUGUAGCUAUUGCUGCACCUCCGUCGGAAGGGGAGGCAAAUGCAGAGCUGUGUCGCUACCUCUCUAAGGUGCUAGAAGUGAAGAAGAGUGAAGUUAUUUUAGAGAAGGGUGGUAAAUCACGUGAAAAAGUGGUGAAGAUUUUGCUGUCCAUGACACCAGAUGAGGUUUUAGAAAAACUGAAAAAAGAAGCUUCCAGUUGA